UGUUCGUAUAUAGCACAAACAUCCAAACAGGCUCCCCCCCAAAAAAAAAAACAAAAAAAAAACUCAUUUCUUCCUUUUUCUCACUAUGUUUGAUGAAUGCUCUUUUUCAUCGCCGAAAGAGAGGGUUAGGGACAAGCUGAAAUCAUCGAUUUGCUGUUUCCGUUCGACGGAUCACGGUGAGGUAGCGGCGAUAGACUUGGACGAGUUGAAGCCGAGGACGCCGCGGUCGCCGUACACUUGGCUGAAAUCGACGGCGCACGAAUUGGAGAUCAUGGACAGGUGCAGGAAUCUGAUCGCCAGAAUCGGGAAGCAAGGAGGUCGCAGGCAACACGGUUCGUCCGAUUUCAGCUACGAUCCUCUGAGCUACGCGCUGAACUUCGAGGACGAAGCGAACCGGGCGGACGAGAUGCCGUUUAUUAGCUUCUCGUCGCGGCUUCGCGCCUCACCGGAGCGGAUCAUUGAGACCAACUGCAAAAACGAGACUUCAGUGUUGGCAACGAGGGAGAUCGUUCUGUACAGCUGACGGCUGGCAGAUUCAUUCGGUUUAUUCAACCAAUCAAAAAAAAUUAGGAAAUUUAGAGGAAUAUUGUAAUCGUCGGAUCGGACAUCGGAGGGGUAAAAUCCAGUGCUGUGGAGGACCAUUUGAGCCAUAAAGAUUACGUACAGAGACCGAAUCGGCAAUUAUUCUCAGUGUUUGUAAUUGAAAAAAAUGCAGAACGCAAAUGAAAAAUUGUAAUCAAGGGAAAAAAAAAUGGUGUGUUUGUAUUAAAAAGAAAAAUGUUAAUAUGUAACGGAUUUUCAUUUUCGUUAUUAAACUUUUUCUGUGUAAUUGAAGAAAGAAAUUAUGCACUUUUUU